AUGGCGAUUGAACCUCUCCGUGACAAUCUGGAUGGCAUCGCAGUAACCGACCAACCAUACGAUGGUGAUUCCUCUUCCCAGCAGCAACUCACCGUGCACAACUACGACCUGAGUGGUCCACACUCAACAGUUCUCUCCCCAGCCAACCAAGUAAGUGUCAACAGCAGCCAUGGACAAAACAAAUUUCAGAUUGCUGCAGGGGGUAGCCCUGAGCGCCACCGAAUCAGAUCAAACGAUGCUCUUCACUACAUAAGCCAGAUGCUGAUGGAAGACGUUGACGAGGGGGUCGGCAUAUGCCAAGGGGCUGCUCUUCAGGCUGCUGAGAAGCCAUUCCGUGACAUUCUUGGGGAGGGAUACGCGCCGCCUACUAACUGGCCGCCAUUGCAUAGCAAAAACAUACCAGACAACCCUGAUAAGAGUGGGACCAAUCGUUACAAGAGGCUCUGGAACACUAGCUUCAGUAAUGACUAUUCCAGUUACAACAUGUUACAGCCUUUAGCAACCCCGUUGAGUCCAUAUAUCUGCAAUAGGAGUCCUUUUAUACCAAACCAGUCAUCGAUAAGUGUCGGAUUGACUUCCGGAUCUGGCCUCCCUGCCUUGCAUGGCCAGAGAGGUGUCAGGGAGGAAAGAAUGUUUGCUCCAAGUAUUGAUAAGCUGGUGAUAUAUUCAAAGAAUAACAUACUUUAUAUUUCCCAACUGACUACGAAGGAAAAAGUAAGAGAGAGGACCGAAAACACAAUUUUUGAGGUGGCAGACCCAAGGGGUUGGGCUAUCUUUCAAGGAAGGAACAAUGAACAUCAUGCCAUCACCACUUGUGCAAUAAUUCGAAAUGAAAGUUUUGACCAAGUUGUGCUAUGCUAUGGUCAUUCUGACCGAAUAACAAGACUGCAAGAAAGGAUGGCGGGGGAAGGAAACAAGACCUCACUGAAAGGCCAGAGCAGAAGUAGGAAGCAACCGAGGAAAGAGUUGGUUGAUCUCCGGACUCUCCUCAUCCACUGCGCACAAGCUGUGGCAGAAGACAGCUACCUGUUGGCCAGUGAACUGCUAUUGAAGAUAAGACAACACUCUUCAGCAGAUGGUGAUUGUACUCAGAGACUGGCAUUUUACUUGGCGGAUGGCCUCAAGGCACGCUUGGCUGGGAUCGGGAGUCAGGUUUAUCGCAAUCUCGUGGAAAGGCGAACAAGUACAGCAGAUUGGUUAGAGGCUUAUAGCCUUUUUCUUGCAGCUUUCCCUUUUGGGAGGGCGUUAUACUACUUUGCCACCCAAGCUAUUCUUGAUGUCUCACAAGGGAAACCAAGGGUACACAUCGUUGAUUUCGGCAUCGGCUUCGGCUUUCAGUGGCCAUUAAUGAUUCAGAGACUUGCACAGCAAGAAGAGGGAGCCCCUAAGCUUCAGAUCACAGGUAUAGACGUUCCCCAGCCAGGUUUCUACCCCUGCGAAAUGAUCAAGGAGACAGGGAAGCGGUUGGCUGAUUACGCAAAUAGGUUCAAGGUACCUUUCCAGUAUCAGGGCAUUGCCGCUUCAAGAUGGGAGACUAUCAAAAUUGAGGAUCUUAACAUUGACGAGGAUGAAGUUCUCAUAGUGAACUGCAUGUUCCGGAUGAAGAAUCUCGGUCAUGAAACCGAUGCCGUAAAUGGUGCAAGGGAUAAGGUGCUCAAAACUAUGAGGAGGAUGAACCCGAAGAUUUUUAUUUCUGGCACCGUGAAUGGGUUACUCAGUUCUCCCUUCUUCAUACAACGUUUCAAAGAGGUUAUGCUCCAUUACUCUUCACUGUUUGACAUGCUUGACGCAAAUGUUCCACGGGAUAACGAAGCAAGAAAGAUGGUUGAGAGGAUCCUAUUUGGGCAGGAUGCUCUUAACAUCAUAGCAUAUGAGGGUGCAGAAAGAACUCAGAGGCCAGAAAUUUACAGGCAGUGGCAAGCAAGGUGCCUCAAGGCUGGGUUCCAGCAGCUUCCUGUCGAUCAAGCCAUCUUAAAGAACAUAGUACACAGGAAGAACUUACAUUAUCAUGAAGAAUUCUUUGCUGUUGAAGAUUGUGGCUGGCUGCUACAAGGAUGGAAAGGGAGAGUACUUUAUGCUAUAUCUAAAUGGAAACCUAAUGAAACAUAUGGGGACCAGUAAGAUUCGAACAGU